AUGUUUGGAAAGUAUACCAGUGCACGAACGGUUAACACGACAGACGAUUUAUCAUGGAUGGACAUUGGUAAUGCUCAGCCAAAUGGAAAGGUCGCUGCAGCUAUUUUUAGACUUCUGGCUCCUGGUGGUCACUUCUGUAAUUUAGUAGAGGCUGUGUCAGUGCCACCAAAAGACUUCUCAACGCGUCUGAAGAAGUCAUGGAAGGGGGACUCUGGGGUGGAAACCGAGGCAGUAUCCCGGAAUUGCUGCUUUGAUAUGCCUCUUUCAACGCUGUAUUCAUCAUCAUAUGAGCUGUUGGGGGAAUCAACUGAAGCGAAUUGGUAUACGCUUUCCCGUUCUCGUUGUCCAUCUAUGCUACUUAUUCCAUUUUGGAAUCCACCGCUUGUAACGCGAUUCGAAACAGACCAUGAACAAGUCCUAACCUCACUUCCAUGUUUUCCGCUCCCGUAUUUUGUUCUGCGUAUGCUUCUCUAUGUUACGCGAAAGGCCCAACAAAGUGGCACUGGAAUGGUUCGACUUCCGCGGUUGGAUACACUGUGUAAAAAGAUUGGUGCGUUGCGAAGCUACCUAAUGGAAUUUCUGCGAACACCUGUAUGUGUAGAGCUGCCACUCUACCAUAGACUUUUGACCGCUUAUAUUCAGUACUUUGUCUCUUCUGCGUUUGCGGAGCGUCUCAGUUCCAGAAGGUCUUUGGAGGAUGUUCAGUGGUCAACAUCUGACGUUACGGCCUCCCUGUUGUUGUCGGCGCCAGGUUUUCUCUGGAUGAAGAGCAAUCGUCAGGUCGAAUUAGAAAUCCAUCGUACAUCUUGUGGUGAUGUUGUGUCGGCUGCACUUGUUUUCAGACUUGUUCCAUUUCUCACAGAGUGUUUUCUUCCCUUUUAUCAAAAUGAGCAGGAUAAACCCUCUACACACAACUCGAAAUUCUCUAUUAUGCUGCGAAAAGAGUUUUCGAUUGAUUCACUGGCUCUUUCUGCAUGGGAUACACUCUAUCCGGCUAUAUCUUUUUACCGCAACACGUUGAUCGCUCUACGCCAGGCUUUAAUUUCGCUUGACAAAUUUGUGGAUUGUAGAAGGGAGCACUUUAAUAAUUCACUUGAGUUAUGGUGUGCAAUUAUCAAGCCAAAUAGAAGAGAGGAAGGAAUCCGUGAGACGUAUGUACUUCAUCAUUAUGAGGCAUACAGCUUUAUCCUUAUGGAUGUUUUUACAAUGAUUUUAAAAAGCAGCUUUUUGACAUGUAUUGACCUUACCGGUGCCACUAUGUUGGCGCGGUGUCUUGAGGUUUUUUCUGCGGUAACGGUUCAAAGUGUCAUUCGUGAGGUAAGCAAUACAGAUAGUCACACACGGUCGAACAUUGUAGAAACGAUAUGUCAGCAUUUCGUCUUGAAUUGGACGGGUGAGGACGGUGCAGUACACGUGCUUAAGCUCUUUGGGACUGAAUCACUUGAUGUAGCUGCGGAAGUCUAUAUUUGGAUUGAGUCUCGCCUAGAAAAGAGUGAUUUAGAGCCCAUGGUGGGUUCUCUCUUGAAAAAAUCCCUCGUUUAUCUCAUGACUUCUUUUGAUGGUCUUUCAGCUGUGGUGGAGACACGUCGUUGCACACGCUCUUUUAGCAUUGAGCCAAGUGAUAGUGGUCGGGCACUCUCGGCACCGGUGAUGAAAACACAAAAUUUGAAUACUGAAGAGGAAAGACAACUUUAUUUCAGAGGGAUUCGGCGCUCAUGUUCUUUUAGUGGACCAUUGGGUCUGCAGUUCGCUACAGAAAACAAUAGUAUACCGGGUGGACAUUACCCUGUUUCAACAGUGGUUUGUGACAAUGAAUUUCCGUUUUUACUUAUUGUGACAAGAAUAAUGGAUAUGCUUCUUGAAAAACUUCUAGAGAUGUACUACUCUGCCUGGAUACCAACUUGUAGCCGAGGUCACAGGAUGUGGUUGCUCUCUUCAAACAACUUUAAUUGCAUGAACCAUCCUCAGCAAUCGGCUAUUUGGGAGUGCUCUCUCUGUGAAGAGGUAUACGGAAGCUGUUGCCGUUCUUGCCCUUAUGCUAAAGAUGGGAAAAAACUGUUUAGAGCGGAGAGCCAUAAUUCUUUUUCCGUUUCUUUUUGUGGUGAAUGUUGUGCUCUAUUUCAGUCAGAUACGGUGGUUUAUUCUUCAACGCGUUCCGAAGUCCAUCUUUGUUCAAUUUGUGCGUCACGUCCUUUCAAGAGACCAAGUUGCCGCUUUCUUGCCUCGUAUACGGUGUGGGCGGUGUUUUUCUUGAUUUCCUUAAUAGCCGUAUUUAUUUAUAACGUUUAA